UCUGAUAAUUGCUGAAAUGCCCGAGUCAGGUAGAGUACAUGAGCAUGUAGCAUCGGAACACCACCGAAGAUUGUUGCUUUGCUAGUUUGCUUUCCAUGCAAGAUAUAUCCUUCUAAAUAUAGAGAGAACAAAAAUUUAGAGAGGAAAAGAGAUCCUCUGUACUCUCUCUUUUAUACUUUUCUUUGUCCAAAUUCGCACCCAUUACUGCCAAACAACCAAGGAUCCCUUUUCAUUUCGACACUUUGUCUACAUAUUUCUUGCUCCCAAGAGAGAGAGACUUCAAAAGGCAAGAUUUUUGAUUUUUCAGGAGGCUCAGAUCUUGUUUUCUUCCCCAUAAGGACCUUGAAGUUACAUUGGCUUGGUUGAUAAUAUCAUGGGCCAAGACCAAGAACAGAGGCAUGUGUGCAAGCUCUGCAACAAGAGUUUUAUGAAUGGAAGAGUCUUGGGAGGUCACAUGAGGUGUCAUAGCCAUAAGAACCACAAUCCAACCAAAGGACAGAAAAAGGUGAGCAAGAGCAACAUGGAUAUUGAAAAUGGUAUUGGUAGGCAUACCAGGUAUGGCCUAAGAGAAAAACCCAAGAUGUCUUUGAAGUUUUCAGGCUCUAACCAUAAUACUUCAGGGCAAGAAAUUGUCUGUAAAGUGUGUGGCAAAGGGUUUGAGUCUUUAAGAGCUCUGUUUGGUCAUAUGAGGCAUCACUCUGGGAGAGAGAGAAGUGGAAUUUACUGUGAAGAAUGUGGCAAAGGGUUUGGGUCAUUGAAAGCUCUCACUACCCACAGGCACAGGAAAAGUCACUCUGAAAGAGUUAUGGUCUGUGAUGAAUCAUGGACUAGUUCAAGCCGUAAGACAGAAAUGGAGAAUCAAUCAAACAGUGAGAUCCAGGGGUUGGUGCGGAGAAAGAGAUCAAACAGAAUGAGGUACAAGACUACUCCUAAUUCUUUUGUUUCUAGUUUGAAUGAAUCCGUAUCCUGUACUGAUAUUGAGCAAGAAGUAGAAGAGGUAGCUAUCUGCUUGAUGAUGCUGUCAAGGGGUAUAGGCAAUUGGGGUGGAUUUAAUUUGGUCACUGAGUUCUCGGAUAAUGAUUCUGUCACUUACGAGGCUAAAUCAUUGGAACAAAAUAAGCGAAUUGUCAGUGAUGAUGGGGGUGGAAUUUUUGCUUGUGAAUUCAAUGAGUCUUUAAAGAUGAAGAAACCAAGGGUGGAGGAGUUUGGUUCUUAUGUUUCAGAUUCUAAGAUCGUCUCCACUGAAAAUGAUUUUGUGUUUGGAAGUGAUGAUGAAAAGAUUGAACUGGAAGUUCCACUUGAAAAGUUUUAUAGGGAUGGUGAAUGUAAAAUGCCUAAAAUGGAGGAUGUGUUUGGAUUAGCAUCAUACAAUGAUAAGACGGAGAAGGAUAUCCGUAAUGAGAUGAAAAACAAGCCCACUGAAGUAGAAUUAGAAGAGGAUUUUACAGAAGACUAUGGUUUGGAUUCAGCCAAUUCAGGAUCCAUGAAUUUUGGUUUGAACAAGAAAGCCAAGCUUGCUGCUUGUGGUUCUCACCUGAGGGGAAAGUCUUGCAAGAAGAUAAGUACUUCUGAUGAUUCUGCAAUCCUAAGUAAAUCAAAUCAUUCUUGGGAGAAUAGUGAAUACAAGUGCAAGACCUGCAACAAGAAUUUCCACUCAUACCAGGCACUUGGAGGCCACCAGUCAAUACACAGAACUGAAAAUUGCCCUGUAUUGGAAAUUUGGAACUGCAAAACGAGCAGCCAGAGUAAUAUUGUUCCUGAAACUGAGGCUAAUUUCGAUGUUGUCAAUCUUGAAUGUAGGGAGAACUCUGAGGAGCAGAAGAUAAGUAGAGUGUCUCUGACAAGUUAUGAGUUCAAGGAGAGAAAGGAGCACAAGUGCCAUAUCUGCUUUAAGGUUUUUGCAUCAGGUCAAGCUUUGGGUGGUCACAAGAGAGCUCAUUUAAUCAAAAAUUCUGAGGUCAUAUCUGAAGAGACCGUAGUAAUAAAGGAAGAGAUUUCUGAUAUCCUUAAUAUAGUUGGUAUCGAUCUCCCAAUUAUUCUUGAGGAAGAUACUAAUGUUGGUGUUGGAUUUAAGUCAUCGUGGGUUGAAAAUGAUCAGAAGCAUGAGCUAAUGGGGGGUCUAAUUCCUAACUGAGAAAAGAUAUUCCCAUCCAUGGCCACCAUUAACUUUCUAGUUAUCGUUGCUGAUUUGGUAUGACCCAUGUAUAGGUGAAGCUUUCCUAUGCUUUGCUGCUUAUAGCUUAGAUUGAAACUUUUUGUACUACCUUUAUAUCUCUUUUUGUUUCUGAUAAAUCUCCAUAGUUGUUCAUUCAUUCUCUUUUGGAACCUUGAUACUCCAUAGAA